GUAGCUUUUGCAUUUGGGUUUCCCCUACCUCCUUAAUGGCACUCUCCUUGACAUCUCAUGGGGUCAAUGAGUACCAAAAGCCUGUGAUUGAAGAGGAAGAUGGUUCACUGAACACUAAUGGGCUCAGCAAUGAUUCAGCUUCAGCCUUAACCCGUUCUCCUCCUCUAUGUGGCAAUGACAAUGGUCAUGUUCAUAAGGGCACACAUUACCAGCUUGAAGAGGCAGAAUCUCUGAUUAAUUUCAAAGCCAAUGAGCACAGCAACCUAAUGCAAGGUAGUGAUCAAUCUUUUCUUGGCUUUCAGCAGAGUUGGCUUUUCUCCAAAGAGAGUAGUUUGCAUGAAGAUUAUAGCCAAUGGAACCAUGUUAGUCCUAAAAGCACCACAGACACGCGCCUAGUGCAAAAUUUGAGUUGCUUUGAAACUGCCACUGGCUAUAGCUCCAUAUUCAAUGGUGCAAAUGAGAAGCAACGUGGUGGAAGUUCAUCAUCUGGGUGGCUAUACUCUGAACCAAAUGUCCCUAGUGAUGGCCUGCAUGAGUCAGCAGCACAAGAAUUGGUCUUAAAAAAACGCUCUUCUAUGGGAGAGAACAUGCAAGCUUCCAAUGCCAAGAAGCCAUGCACAACUGCAAAUAAAGCAGCAAAACCAAAGUCAAACCCUUCCAAGGAUCCUCAAAGCGUUGCUGCCAAGAAUAGAAGAGAGAAAAUCAGUGAGCGGCUUAAGAUACUUCAAGAACUUGUACCCAACGGUUCCAAGGUUGAUUUGGUCACCAUGUUGGAGAAAGCAAUUAGUUAUGUAAAGUUUCUUCAGUUGCAAGUGAAGGUGUUGGCAGCUGAUGAAUUUUGGCCUGUCCAAGGUGGAAAAGCCCCUGACAUUUCUCAAGUGAGACAAGCCAUUGAUGCCAUUCUUUCAUCUCAAAGAUGAAUAGAAGAUCAUGGAUCCAAGAAAUAAGUGUUAUCAUAAUUCAAACACAACUUUGAAGAACAAGAGAAAAGUUAGUUCUGGAAGUUGGUCGUUCUGAAGGGCAUUUUAGUAUUUCAGAAUGCUUAACCUUUUCUAAUUUGUUAACUUCGAAAUCAAGAUCUAGCAAAAAAUUUGAGUUUUAGCUAGUGUUUAUUUGUGUUUAUGCUGGGCCUAAAAACCAUGUCCCAGGAUUUCAUUCACAAAAUGUCUACGUUGUACUAGUGGUGCUGGAAGUGUUUCUAAUAAAUUAGACUACUAUAUAUGUU